AUGCUUGCCAAAUGGUUAACCGCUUUGGCAAUUCUUGCUGCAGUCUUUGCUUUAAGUAUCCAUCAAAUACCGGAAGGACAUGUUGGAGGUGCUCUCCUCACAUCAUUGACUGCACCUGGUUAUCAUGUUAUGAUGCCAUUUUUAACAACAGUUAAAAUUGUUCAAACAACCUUACAAACAGAUCAGGUAAAAAAUAUCCCUUGUGGUACUAGUGGUGGAACAAUGAUAUACUUUGACAAGAUCGAAGUUGUUAAUAUAUUAAGGUCUGAUGCUGUUAUUGAUAUUGUACGAAAUUAUACAGUGCAUUAUGAUCGAACAUUAAUAUUCGAUAAAAUACAUCAUGAAGUUAAUCAAUUUUGUUCAGUACAUACACUUCAAGAAGUUUAUAUUGAUUUAUUUUCAAGUAUUGAUGAUCAUUUAAAACGAACAUUACAAAAUGAUUUAAAUACAUUAGCACCUGGCCUUUAUGUUAGUUCAAUUCGAGUAACAAAACCAAAAAUUCCUGAAACUAUUCGUCGUAAUUAUGAAACCAUGGAACAAGAAAAAACUCAAUAUAUGAUAACAACUGCUCAUCAACAAGUUGUUGAAAAAGAAGCAGAAACUGAUCGUCGUCGUGCUGUAAUUGAAGCUGAAAAAUUAGCACAAGUAGCUAAAAUUCAAUAUGAACAAAAAAUUUUAGGCAAAGAAAGUGAAAAACGUAUUGCUGAAAUUGAAGCUGGGAUGCAUUUAGCUAAAGAACGUUCAUUAGCUGAUGCAAAUAAAUAUAAAAGUGAUACAGAAGCUGAAUCAAAUACAAGAAAAUUAUCACCUGAAUUCCUUCAAUGGUCAAUGUAUCAAGCAUUAGCACAAAAUACCAAAAUUUAUUUUGGAAAUUCAAUUCCAAAUAUAUUUGCUAAUAAUGAUGGAAUAUUGAAUAUUAAAAAAAAAUCUCAAGGAGAUGACAAAAGACAAGUGGUACUUUAA